GCGGGCAGCAGCGGGACCGAGGCAGCGCCCCGCCGGUAGCCGCCGCGCCGCCCGGGCCCGCGCAGGCCACACCGAAGCUUGCUUCCGGCCGGCCACGUGACCGCGCGCGCACGUGUUCCGGCCUCCCCGCGUCGCCGCUGCGAGCCUCCUCCUGGUUGCCCCGGCAUUGGUCCGCCUGGAGCCGGCGUGGGCCGGGCCCGGGAGGCGGCGGCCCGGGGAGCCGCGGAGACGCGGGCGCCGAGCAUCACGGGGGAGCAGGCCUGGGCCAGUGGGCGGCAGCCUCCGACAUGAACCCCAGGGGCCUGUUCCAGGACUUCAACCCCAGCAAGUUCCUCAUCUACUCCUGCCUGCUGCUCUUCUCGGUGCUGCUGCCCCUCCGCCUGGACGGCAUCAUCCAGUGGAGCUACUGGGCCGUCUUCACCCCCAUAUGGCUGUGGAAGCUUCUGGUCAUCGCGGGCGCCUCGGUGGGCGCGGGCGUUUGGGCCCGCAACCCUCGCUACCGCACCGAGGGAGAGGCCUGCGUGGAGUUCAAAGCCAUGCUGAUCGCUGUGGGCAUCCACCUGCUCCUGCUCAUGUUCGAAGUCCUGGUCUGCGACAGGGUGGAGAGGGGCACCCACUUCUGGCUGCUGGUCUUCAUGCCUCUCUUCUUCGUGUCCCCCGUGUCCGUGGCUGCCUGCGUCUGGGGCUUUCGACAUGAUAGAUCGCUGGAGCUGGAGAUCCUGUGCUCUGUCAACAUCCUGCAGUUCAUCUUCAUCGCCCUAAGGCUGGACAGGAUUAUUCACUGGCCGUGGCUGGUGGUGUUUGUGCCUCUGUGGAUUCUCAUGUCGUUCCUUUGCCUGGUCGUCCUCUAUUACAUCGUCUGGUCCCUCCUGUUCCUGCGGUCCCUGGAUGUGGUUGCCGAGCAGCGAAGAACACACGUGACCAUGGCCAUCAGCUGGAUAACGAUUGUCGUGCCCCUGCUCACUUUUGAGGUCCUGCUGGUUCACAGAUUGGAUGGUCACAAUACAUUCUCCUUCAUCUCCAUAUUUGUCCCCCUUUGGCUUUCCUUACUAACUUUAAUGGCCACAACAUUUAGGCGAAAGGGUGGCAAUCAUUGGUGGUUUGGCAUUCGCAGAGACUUCUGUCAGUUUCUGCUUGAAAUUUUUCCAUUUUUAAGAGAAUAUGGGAACAUUUCAUAUGAUCUCCAUCACGAAGAUAGUGAAGAUGCUGAGGAAACAUCCGUUCCAGAAGCUCCGAAAAUUGCUCCAAUAUUUGGAAAGAAGGCCAGGGUAGUAAUAACCCAGAGCCCUGGGAAAUACGUUCCCCCACCUCCCAAGUUAAAUAUUGAUAUGCCAGAUUAAACUCCCAGAGAGGACCCAAGCACUCAUAGACUCCACCUUGCCUUUGCCUCUUGUUCAUUCAUCCCAAACCUGGAAAUGGAAGCAGGCUCCACACACUGUCGUCUCACGCCGUUUGAGGUCGCUGCCUCAUCAGUAUGCAUCGUAGAUGGAGUUAUUUCCGUAUGUGGGUGUAUGUGUUGCGUACCUGGGUAAGAGAACUUGCUUUCCAGGUUUGCACUUUCAUAUGUAGCUGGGGGCAGUAAGGUGAAUUGUUUUAGUAGGUCCUCAAAAGGAAUAACUACACAGCUGUUUUUGUUUUUGUUUUUUUAAGUGCUACUGUACCUAUCAAAAAUAUUGUUUAAAAAGUAUUUUUGUACACUGCUAAUCUUAAAUUGUAUUUCAGAUUGUGCCUGUUAUGACAUAAUAGCAAAUGUAAAGAAUUCUCUUUCCCACCACUUGUCUAUAAACCUUAUAGUCGUUAUUUUUAGUGUUCCUACUGUUAAAAUACUUUCUCCUUGGGCUUUGCUGAUACUGGUCUUUGAUAUUCUGAUACGUGAAUUUUUCUAAUGGAAUGAAUCCAUGCAUAUGUAGUAUUUAUAUGAACAUUUUAGCAGUGUAAUAUGUUGAAUUCUAGUUCUCUGCAGUACAAUGUAUUAUGUUAAAGUAUAUUUUAAAGCUUACAUGUGAAGAUACAUGUCUAUCGCAGAUGUCCUUGAAGACUGCAUAAAACACCAUGUGCCUGGUGUGGCUUUUACCAAAGUACUAGGCACGAAUAUAGAGACUGCAAAUCCCGUGGGUCUUAACAUUUAGGUGUUAGUAACCGAGGUCUGUGCUGUGUAAAGGUCUCUGGUAGUACCUGUUAGUAGAGGAAGAAGCCACUGCCCUUGGGAACUUGUGACAUGCUCCAGUGUGGUACCAGGCCAUAAAGUGACACGGUUGCUUAGCGCCUUGAAUUUUUCCACACAGGUCGUAACUGUGUGGAAAUAAGCAACAAGUGGUUUGUCCAUUUCUAAGCAUCUUAGACUAUUAGUUGGCUGUACUGUAAAGCAUUACUUGUUAUUGGAAGGCUGGAGAGAGUGGCCUUACCCAGAAGUGCCAACAGAAGCAGGUAUCAUUUUAAGGUCCAAACUUUUUCAUCUGUCAGCAGUAAGGAAACAACAGUUCCAGUUCUCUUUGUAGAGAAGUGCAUGUUUCUUUAGGUGCUAGGAGCACACCAGGGACUCAGCAGAAGCUGGAUCCUGCAAGAGUUAUGUUCGUCUGACUGAGAACAAAUAAAUACUUUGGAAAGGAGGUUAAAAC